CUAAACCAGAGCACAGUGGUGCUGGUUCUGGUGUGUGGAUGAACCGGAUCUGAGCGCAGUGUCGGUUUCAGGUUCGGUCCGAUCAGCAGUCAAAACCACCAUGUUGGUGGUCUCAGGAGGUGGUUUGUGGGUUUUUCCUGUUAUCCGUUGACAGUUUAGGACGCGGUCCACGGAGGGACAGGCCGCAUAUGGAGCCCAGAACAUCGCGUGAAAUCCAGGCCCGUCCGGGAUGCUCUCAGUCGGCCUGCCGCCGGGAGGAGACCCCGGGAGAGGAGGCGAGAGGCGGAGAGGGGAGCAGCGGGAUGCUGAAGAGGGACAGCGUGGGCGAGGACACCGCGGGGGAGAUGGCGGAGCCGCGGGGGGACGAUGGAGGGGCUGAGGGGGAGAAGAGACCCGGACAGGUGGAAGAGGAAGGCGGUUACGAAGAGGAAUUAGACCCGAGAAUUCAGGAGGAACUGGAGCAUCUGAACCAGGCCAGUGAUGAGAUCAACAAGCUGGAGCUGCAGCUGGAUGAUGCCAGGUCCAGCUACCGGAAGAUUCUUACCGAUUCUGCCAGGAAGCUGAAUGCUCAGGGCUCUCAGCUCGGUACCUGCAUUGAGAAAGCCAGGCCCUACUACGAAGCUCGCCGACUGGCCAAAGAGGCCCAGCAGGAAACCCAGAAGGCAGCUCUGAGAUAUGAGAGGGCCGUGUCCAUGCACACUGCAGCCAGAGAGAUGGUGUAUGUGGCGGAGCAGGGCCUGCUGGCUGACAGGAACACCAUGGACCCCACCUGGCAGGAGAUGCUGAACCAUGCUACAGCCAAGGUGAAUGAGGCGGAGGAGGAGCGCCUCCGCAGUGAGUGCGAGCACCAGCGCGUCACUCAGCUGUGCCAGGAUGCUGAAGCUCGAGUCCAGACCCUCCAGAAGGCCCUGAGGAAGGUCAUCCUUAAGUCCAAACCGUACUUUGAACUCAAGGCUCAGUUCAAUCACAUCUUGGAGGAACAUAAGACUAAGGUGGUGCAGCUGGAGGAACAGGUGGCCAAAGUGAAGACACGUUACUCUGUGGCCCUGAGGAACCUGGAGCAGAUCAGCGAACAGAUCCACGCUCAGAGAGGGCGCAACAUGGCCACCAGGGGGCGUCCUGCAGUGUGCGGGGGGCGGAGCUCCCCUGUCGGUGCAGAGGCUGAGGUCAGAGGUGCCGUCGGGCUUCGCUUAAGCAGUUGUGCAGGAGUUGGUGGGAUAGAGAGCGACUGGGCAGAUGGAGAAAAGACCCGGCUGUGGGUGGAGAGGCACCGAGAGAGUGGCUGGGGCCAGAGGGAGCGGCUGGAGGCGGAGCAAAUGGGUUCUGACUGCAUGUCGGUCAUCAGCCUGCAGACCAUUGCCUCAGACCUGGAAAAGUGUGACUCGGUGGAGCACCUGGGGGAACUGAGCGAUGCUGGGAGCAUACUGGGAGAGGACUGGGAAGGCAGCAGGAGGCCCGGAGAAAGGCCGAUCAGCAGGGAGGUGGCGGCAGAGGCACCUCAGGAGGAGCAGGUGCGGGGUUGUAAAGAGAAGCAGGAGAACUUUGUUAAACAGCAUCAUAGAAGUGUUAGUCUGUGACUGUCAGCAGGAGGAGAUGGUGAUGAUGUUGAUGAUGAUUGACACCCUGCUGUUAGGAUCAUCUGCUGAACACUAAUGAAGCUUUCUGACCUCCACCAACACCAUCUGAACUAAGAUGUUCAGAAAGUCGCUGGAGGUGUAAGAUUCAGACAUCUGGUUCAGCUUGGUAACGCUUGGAUGUCUUCUCGGUAACUUCAGCUGUUAGACUAACUCUGGAUUAACUAAAAUAACUUGUGAUGGGACCGGCUGUUAACAAGGAGCAGGUGAUCCAAACCACCUAAAUUUACUGAAGUAUCACUCAUUUCAUAGAAACAUACAAAGAGAAGUCAGUUUGAGUUAAACCUGUGAACUAUGACCCCCCCACUUUAACAUGGCAUCACGUGACACACUGAAAGACGCUGGCUUUAACCACAUUCACCUCCUCAAACCCAGUUUUACAACCCAACUCCAAAAUGUAAACAAAAACAGAAUUUAAUCUUUUCCAAAUCUCAUCCACCCAUAUUUUGUUCCCAGUAGAACAUAAACAACAUAUGAUGAAUGAGUGAAUGAAUGAAUGAAUGAAUGAAUGAAUGAAUGAAUGAAUGAAUGAAUGAAUGAGUGAGUGUCUGGGGUUCUUAAUGAUUCUGGUGGCCUUCCUGCUACACCGCUGGGUGUAGAGGUCCUCCAUGGAUGACAGGACCGUCCCGGUGAUGUGCUGAGCAGUUUUCACCACCCUCUGUAGAGCC